AUGGUCUUCGUCUUGUCUCAGAAACGCAAAAGUUGUGAUGAACCGAAUGAGGACAAUCAUGGGCUAGGUCCUUCCGUUUGCCCGAAACGUCACCGUCCUUGCUUGGAAUCAUAUAAUCCUUCUUUUGUGCCCAGCACGCUUGGGACGUCACGAUCGUGGCGUAAUAACCCCGUGACCAAGAUCGACUCGAAUAUGGAGAGUUUUAAUCCUACAUAUCUGACCGCCACGGAGUUUGAUGAUCAGACAAUCUAUUCCGCGAUUGCUGACGAGUCCUCGUCUUCCUGUGCAUCUGGCAGUCUCUCAUCCGAUUUGGACAGUCAGUCAACGACCGGUGAGAUUAGUGAACGUCCCAAGUUGGUUGGCGCAAGACGUACUGCCAAGUACAUGGGGACAAAUCUUGCAACAUUAGACCAGUGGCUUUUGCAUCGGGACAACUUUCAGCCGAACAAUUAUUCCCAUCAUCAUCAUUCCAUCGUUGCGCAAACAACAACAACCGCGGCCAAUGAACCGACAUAUGAUGUAAUCGAUCCGGAUGGUUUGAACGAGGCCGAUGUGAAACUAUUCCAAUCUGCGGACGAAGAAGCUCCUCGCCUGUUCGGAGUUCCGUGUAUGUCAAGCACACUGAAGCGUUCUGGAACACGAUCACACACCGCCACCGACCAAGCCACCCUAUACGAUGAGGUCGCUUCCGACACUGACACGGAUCACGUCAUGGUUCUGCCCGGGUCGGACUCUCCACGGGACAAGGCGAAGAUACGCCCUCGUCGGCGUUACUAUCAACACUCACCCGCCUUGGCUCAUGAUCCGGUUAAACGCGUGCGCCGAGAGUAUUUUGUAUGUGAAGAGUAG